GUACCGGAAAUGACGUAACCACUAACUGGCGACUCGAGAAGGAGGGUUUUUCUUUUUUUGUAUGAAGACAACGGAGGACGUAGAGUUGAGAGGAUUAAAGUCAGACCAAGCCACUUUUGCAGACAACCCAUUGGAGCCAGUGUCCACAGCGUCUUGCUUGCAGUUCAGGAUUGUGGAUGGCCAUUUAAAGACGCUUGUAUCGUCUCAAAACAAAACAUUUCCGAACAUUUCAAACGUACGAAGAAAGAGUCUACCAAACUUUGGGACCCAGUCAUGUCUCGCAGAAGAAGCCGAAGUACAUCGCCAGGGCGCUUCACACGCUCCUGUAGCAGUAACGAUCCUCGAGAUUUGGAACGGAGGCUUUUUAUUGGGAAUUUGCCGACAUCCGACAUGGAGAAGAAGGAUUUGGAAGAUCUCUUCAGCCCAUAUGGAAACGUUAUUGGCGUGUCCAUGUUUCGUGGCUUUGGAUUUGUACAAUUUGAACACAUAGAGGAAGCAGAAGCUGCAGUGGCGGCCCAAAAGAGUCGAUUUUAUAAAGGUUAUAAAAUAGAUAUAAAUAUGGCACUGGAGCGACGGUCAGCUAAACCUCAUUCCCAGCCGAGCCCUCCACGCAGGCCCACCUUCGGCAGUUACGGGGACAACAAAGAGCCACGUCCUCGGUCACGCUCACCUGUAUUCCCUCGCGACGCCCGAGACCGUGACGCGCGCGACACCCGAGACCGUGAUGCACGCGAGGGGCGCGAGGGACGAGAGGGACGAGAGGGACGAGAAGGACGGGACGGCAGGGAUGCUGCCAGAGAGGCGAGACCAGGAAGCCACCCUCGCGACCACGAAUACCGUUACCGUGGACCGGAGGGUAGGGAUAAGGACCUGAGAGGACCGCCUCGAGACCCCGCCUACAACAGAGAAGAAUAUGAUCGUUUCUUUAGGGGUGGAGGCGGUGCUGAAGACUACUUCAGGAGGAAGGACGAAGCAUUCAGGGAGCCCUUCAGAGAUCCUUGGAAUGGACGUCGUGAGCCUGAAGCAGACGGCCGCGCCCGUCCAGAGGAGCAUCGGCGUAACGAACUCUAUCGACAGUACUACGAGGAACUGCAGCGGCGCCAAGAAACCGAGCGCUCCGUCGACUGCUCCGUGAUAGUCGUCAACAAGACUCAGAAUCGGGAGUAUGCUGAGACGGUCGGGCGCAAAGUCCACGAUUUGGGCAUGGUGGUGGACCUGAUUUUCCUCAACACCGAGGUGUCCCUGACUCAGGCGCUGGAAGACGUGGGCCGAGCUCGCACGCCUUUCGCCAUCAUCAUAACCCAGCAGCACCAGGUGCAUCGAUCCUGCACUGUCAACAUCCUGUUUGGCACACCUCAAGAGCAUCGCAACAUGCCUUUGCAUGACGCCAUGGUCCUCAUAACCCACAACUACGACACCUACAAGGUAGAGAGCCGUGAAAAGGAACGCGAGGAGAUCGUCAGGAAGGCCGCUAAGAUGGCCGACGAUGUGCUGCUUCGAGAGCCCGACCGAGAGAGUCACCCCGCCGCCGUGCUCACGUCAAUCACGUUGCUGUCCGAGAACAGGUUUUUAACGCCAGAGGAGUUGGAAGGUCUGGUGGCGUACCUAACGGACAAAAGGGCGCGGCUAUUGCGGAACCCUGCAGACACUCGCACAGCUGCGGCCCUCACUGCGUCGGCCGCCACUUCCCAUGAUGCUGCAUCGGCAGCGGCAGCGGCGGCACUGGCCUCCACCCUCUCUGCCCACCCGCCGUCACAGGCCAGCCACCCGACCAUGCAAACGUCUCUGAGCUCGCAGGCCAACUCCAACCAGGAACUGCAGGCCAAGAUCCUCAGUCUCUUCAAAAACAGCGCAGGAAUGCAGGCGGAUGUCGGUGCUCCGUCCUCUGCCGCCGCCACCGCCCAGUCUCAGGACUACAGCUCUCUUGGUGGCCUGGUACCUGGCCACAACCCGCUCCGCCCGGGGAUGCCCGCCACGCCUCAAGCUGCAGCCCAGGGCUACGGCGCCCAAAUGGGCCGUGCACUCCCUCCCUCAGGUGGUCAGAGAGCCUCCAACUCCGCCUUUGGCAUCAAUUUAAAUAACCCGAGUGUCCAGAAAGCUUUGGACACUCUGAGCCAGAGCGGGCCGACUCUCAAUCACCUGGUGGGGGCGGGGGGUGUAACACAACAACAACAACAACAACACCAGCAACACCCGCAGCAGCAACACCACCCACAGCAGCCGUUCUCAGCCAGCAGACCUGCACCUAGCAUGGGCCAAGUCCCGCCGAUGUCCAUGUACCCCCGGCACUACUGAUAGGCCACGUAACCUUUGACCUUUAACCCUACCUUGACUGUAGACGUGUUUAGUCAGCCAUUUUAAGCUUUUGUUUUUAUCGUGGUGGUGAAAAAAAAGGUCAGUGAGUGUUUAGUUUGUCACUUCUACAGUCUUCGCCCCGCUUGUGUACAGAAUGUUGGACGUCGUGUCAUUUUUCCACAUUAAAAAGUCACAAACACAAA